AUGUCAUGUACUGUUGCAAAAAGGUGUACUCGUCAUCGAAGUAAAGUUUGGAAUACCUGUCAUCGUUUAUCAGUAAAUCUCAUUCUACUUGAUUUUCGUGCAUAUUUUUUAUUUAAAAGUGAGCGCAUUAUUCUUUUUCGUAGUAUUUAAACAACUUGCUAAAAGCAUAUUCAUAUUGAAAGCUGUUUUUAUAGCACGAAUCAUGGAUGGCAGUGGUAAUUCUAGAGAUGCAGAAGUGGGUGGUCCUCGUACACCACAACAAGCAGCAUCCACAAAGAAGUUGCAGCAAACGCAAGCAACUGUUAAAGAAGUUGUGGGGAUAAUGAAAGUAAAUGUGGAGAAAGUAUUGGAAAGAGAUCAGAAAUUGUCAGAAUUAGAAACGCGUGCAGAUGUUUUGCAACAAGGUGCAACGCAAUUUGAACAGCAAGCAGGAAAAUUGAAAAGGAAAUAUUGGUGGAAAAAUCUGAAAAUGAUGAUCAUCAUUGGCAUUAUCUGUGUGAUUAUUUUAAUUAUCAUCAUUGCAUCGGUUAUGUCUGGCUCAUCGGAUUCCAGUAAUUCUGACUGAUAGUAACAUACCAAAGAGAAUAUGAUACUUGGCUUGCUAAUUCUUGUUUUGCAACAAGAGUUAAGUAUAGCAAAGUAAAUGUUAAACGCACAAAGUUAAAUAUAAUGUGAUUACUAAAUCAUCACAUUCUGCAGUGUUUUUUGGAAGAAUUGUGGUAAAAAUAAUAAAUAUAUUUUUGAGAUAUAAGCUUAUACAAACGCACAACUACUGUAAUAAUGCAGUAUUAAUACGGGUGGCCUUUUAUAAAACUGUGAAUGGACAAUACAUUUUAUAAUGUUAUCUUGUUACAAUACUUAUUGUACAUUUAUUAAUGAUAUAUAAUAUAUAAUACAACGUUUCUACAUUUUUC